AUGAAAACCAUCGGGAUCAUCGGCGGCAUCGCCUGGCCCAGCACUGCCUCCUAUUACCGCACAAUCAACGAGCUGACCGCAAAGCGCAUGGGCGGCAGCGGCGUGCACUGUGCAAAGCUCGUCCUCAUCCAGACGGAUUUUGACGAGAUCGAGAAUCUCCAACAAGUAGGACAAUGGGACAAGCUCGCAGAGCUGCUCGGAGAGCUGGCCAGCCGCCUUGAAGCUGCCGGAGCGGACUUUUUCCUCGUCGCGUGCAAUACUAUGCACAUGGUUGCGGCCCAGAUUGCGGCCCACACGACAAUUCCCAUGUUACAUAUUGUCGACGCAACGGCACAGAAGAUUGUCGAGGCAGGCCAUAAGACUGUCGGGUUGUUGGGCAGUCGGUAUACGAUGACCGGCGACUACUUCUCCGGGCGUCUGUCCUCGAACUAUGGGCUGGAUGUUUUGGUUCCGGAUGAAAAGCAACAGGAGGAUGUCCAUUCAGCACUUUUCAAUGAGUUGGCGAGGGGAGUGUUUCGUGACGAAACGAGGAUGCUGUUCAAGGGGGUGAUGGAGUCUUUGGUUGAGCGUGGAGCGCAGGUUAUUAUUCUGGGAUGUACUGAGUUUGGGCUCCUGGUCCGAGAGGAAGACAGCCCGGUUCCGAUUCUUGACACUGGAGCUGUCCAUGCAGAUGCAGCAGUGGAGAUGGCUAUUGGCAAUGCAGGUCCACAGUGA